CUCGAUUCUUGUGGAUAGUUGGCCGCCUAGCGGCUCUUCCCAAGAUGGUUCGCGGACCAAAGAAGCACUUGAAGCGGCUCAAUGCUCCCUCCCACUGGAUGCUGGACAAGUUGGGCGGAAUCUUUGCGCCCAAGCCCUCCCCAGGUCCUCACAAGCAGCGCGAGUGCUUGCCCCUCACACUGAUGCUGAGGAACCGCCUCAAAUAUGCCUUGACUGGCAAGGAGGUGGUGUCAAUCCUCAUGCAGCGGCUAGUGAGGGUGGAUGGCAAGGUGCGCACAGACGCGACCUACCCAGCAGGCUUCAUGGACGUCAUCGACAUUGAGAAGACAGACGAGCACUUCCGGCUCAUAUACGACUCCAAGGGCCGCUUCGUCACCCACCGCAUCACCAAGGAGGAGGCAGGGUACAAGCUGCUGAAGGUGACGAGGCAGCAGGUGGGCAAGGGGGGCGUUCCCUACAUCGCCACCCACGACGGCCGCACCAUCCGCUACCCCGACCCCGACAUCAAGGUGAAUGACACGGUGAUGUUUGACAUCGAGACGGGCAAGAUCAAGGACUUCAUCAAGUUUGACGUGGGCCAGCUGGUGAUGGUGACUGGCGGGCGCAACGUGGGCCGUGUCGGCACCAUUGUCAACAGGCAAAAGCACAAGGGCUCCUUCGACAUCAUCGUCGUCAAGGACUCUGUCGGCCACCAGUUCGCCACGCGGUUGUCAAACGUGUUCAUCAUUGGCAAGGACGAAAAGCCGCUGAUCAGUCUGCCCAAGGGCAAGGGUGUGCGCCUGGACAUCCUGCAGGAGCAGGCCAAGAGGGACGCUGCCAAGGCCUAAGCUGGCCUUUUUUGGUAGCCCAGCAAGGGGUUGAUUCAGUGUGCUUUCUACAUAGUCGUUACAGUGUUGGUUACAGUGUUGGGCAGAUGCAUCAACAGCGUCUGUCGAUAAGAUGCAUCGCAUGGUGUGUCAUGCCAAUCAAUGUCAGCCUCACUGCACUUGGCAGGAGCUUGUAACAUUAUUGCGACUUC